AUGGCUCCAAGUAUCAACGAGAAGGAGAACGAAAAGGUUGUUGGAGGCAGUGACAUCACCUCAACUCCUGAAGAUGUCGUCGUCAACACUGAAAGUGGUGAUGGUGAUGCUGCCACCCCAGCCGAAGAAGGAGAAAUUGAGGGCUCUUGGAGUGACUACAAACGAAUCCUUACAUAUGCUGGCCCUACGGAAUAUCUGAUGCAAGGUAUUGCACUUAUUGCUGCCAUCGGUUCAGGUGCCGGCAUCGCUCUCCAAAACCUCAUCUUCGGACAGUUCAUUACCACCAUCACCGACUUUACCUCUGGCGAAUCCAAGCCCAGCAAGUUCCGCCAAGAUGUUGCCGACCUAGCUCUAUACUUUGUUUAUCUCGGCAUUGGUCGAUUCGUUCUCUCCUACAUCUGGAACGUCUUUCUCACUUACUCCUCAUAUCGUAUUGUACGCAACAUUCGAAAGGAGUUUCUUCGUGCUGCUCUUCGACAGGAAGUUGCCUACUAUGACUUUGGCAGCGGCGGUUCCAUCGCUACUCAGGCUACUUCAAACGGUCGCUUGAUCCAGACUGGUAUCGCCGAAAAGUUGGGUCUUUUCUUCCAAGGUGUUGCAGCCUUCCUCACUGCCUUCAUUGUUUCCUUCGUCGUUCAAUGGAAACUCACUCUCAUCUGCUUGUGCAUUGCACCAGCAACUAUCAUUGUCAUGACCGUGGUUGCCACAAUGGAAGCUGUCCACGAGGUUAAGAUUCUAGAGAUCCACGGUCAAGCCAACUCGCUUGCUGAGGGCAUCCUUGCCAGCGUCCGAACAGUCCACGCGUUUGAGAUGCGGGCCAGACUCGUCGACAAGUUCGAUAAGCACCUCGAGGAGGCCCAUACAGUUGGGAAAAAGAUCUCUAUUCUCUUUGGUCUUAUGUUCUCUGCCGAUUACACGAUUAUUUACCUCGGUUUCGGUCUUGCUUUCUGGCAAGGUGUCCGUAUGCUGUCGACUGGAGAAAUUACCGACUCGGGUGUCAUCUUCACUGUCCUUCUGUCGGUUGUAAUUGCAGCCGUUCAACUGACCCAGCUGACCCCCUACACGAUCGACUUCAGUCGUGCCAUGUCUGGUGCAGCUCAGCUCUUCACUCUCAUUGAUCGAGAAUCAGCCAUCGACCCUCUUUCCAAGGACGGCGAGACUCCUUCUGAGACUAUCGGUCAUGUCGAGCUGGAGAACAUCUCCUUUGCUUAUCCUACCAGACCUGGUAUUGCCGUCUUGGAGAACUUCUCUUUGAAUGUUCCAGCAGGAAAGGUCACCGCUCUGGUAGGUCAGUCGGGAUCCGGAAAGAGUACUAUUGUCGGCCUUAUCGAGCGUUGGUACAACCCCAAGUCUGGCACCAUAAAGCUUGAUGGCCGUCCUAUUGAUCAACUUAACCUCAACUGGCUGCGCCGAAAUGUCCGUCUUGUCCAGCAAGAGCCCGUUCUCUUCGAGGGGUCUGUUUUCGACAACAUCAAGCACGGUCUAAUCGGAACCGAGUGGGAAAACGUCUCCGCCGAGCAGCAGAUGGAACGUAUCCAGGAGGCUGCCAAGAUGGCCUUUGCCCACGAUUUUAUCAAGGAACUUCCUGAUGGUUACCAUACAGAAAUUGGGCAGCGAGGUGGACUUCUAUCUGGUGGUCAGAAACAACGUGUCGCUAUCGCCCGCAGCGUCGUAUCGCAGCCCAAGGUUCUUCUUCUCGAUGAAGCUACAAGUGCUCUUGAUCCCCACGCGGAGAGCGUCGUCCAGAAAGCACUCGACAAGGCAUCCGAAGGCCGUACCACCAUUGUCAUUGCUCACAAGCUCGCUACCAUCCGCAAGGCUGAUAACAUCGUUGUCAUGUCUAAGGGCUCCAUCAUCGAACAAGGCUCGCAUGAAUCUUUGAUCGCUGCAGACGGCGCUUAUGCACAGCUCGUCAAGAUCCAGAACCUUUCAGUUGACGACAACUCUGUCAAUGCGUCCACCGAAGAGGAGGAGGAAGAGGUCGCCCCUGAGGGAGACAAGAAAGAACUCGGUCUUGCGAAAACAGUAACUCAAUACGAGCCCCAUGUUCAAGAGCGUCUCGAGGCUUGCAUGGAGCUUGGCAACUACGACAACCACAAGCAGCUGGGUAUCUUUUAUGUCAUCUACCGACUCAUCCGAGAGAGCCCCGAGGUGGCUUGGUCAUACUUCUUUGUUCUUGCCGGUUGUUUGGGAGCUGUCGCAGCAUUCCCUGGACAGGCUAUUCUGCUUGCUCAUGUCGUGGAGGUCUUUACUCUGACUGGCGAUCGGAUGAGAGACCGCGGAAACUUUUAUGCCAGCAUGUUUAUUGUCCUCGCCGCUGGUCUUCUCGUCUCGUACUUUGCUCUUGGCUAUGCCACUAACACGGUUGCUCAGUACCUUAGCCACAAGCUUCGCAAGCAGAGUCUCCAGCACAUGCUCCGCCAAGACCUUCAGUUCUUCGACCGCAAGGAGAAUAGCACUGGAGCUCUUGCUAGUCGAAUCGACUCCAACCCUCAGUCCAUCUUGGAACUCAUGGGCUUCAAUGUUGCGCUUAUCCUGAUUGCCAUUCUUAACUUGCUCGCAUGCAGUUUGCUGGCUAUUAUCCACAGCUGGAAGCUGGGUUUGGUGGUUGUUUGUGCUGGUCUUCCCCCCUUGGUCAGCUCAGGUUACUUCAAGAUUCGUCUUGAUGCCAAGUUGGAUCGGGAUACUUCGAAACGAUACUCCACCAGCGCUUCCAUUGCCUCUGAGGCCAUCACUGCCAUCCGAACUGUCUCGUCACUGGCUAUUGAAGAAUCAGUGCUGAACAAAUACGUCGAUGAAUUGAAUCACGCUGUCGGUGGAUCGAAGAACGAUCUUUUCCGAAUCAUGAUAUUCUUUGCUCUGACUCAAUCAAUUGAGUAUUGGUUCCAGGCUCUCGGCUUCUGGUAUGGCUGCCGGCUUCUAUCGUAUGGCGAUAUCUCGAUGUACAACUUCUUCGUGGCCUUCUUGGGUGUCUUUUACUCGGGCCAGGCCUCUGCUCAGCUCUUCCAGUUCUCAACUAGUAUCACCAAGGGAGUCAACGCUGCCAACUAUAUAUUCUGGCUCGCCCAACUCCAACCAAACGUCCAAGAGACACCCGAAAACCGCGAUAAUGGACCCAAGUCAGGAGGGCCGGUCGUUCUAAACGAUGUCCGCUUUUCGUACCCUCUUCGACCUCAUGCUCCCGUCCUCCGCGGUAUCGAUCUAGAUGUCAAGCCUGGCCAGUUUGUGGCCUUGGUGGGCGCUUCUGGAUGUGGAAAAUCGACAAUGGUCGCCAUGCUUGAACGAUUCUAUGAUCCGUCCAGUGGCACUAUUAGCAUCGAUAACUCAACACUUCCUUCACUCAAUCCUCGCCUCUACCGUCGCAUUAUCGGCCUUGUGCAACAGGAGCCAACUUUGUUUCAAGGCACAAUACGCGAAAAUAUUGCCCUCGGUAUCGACGAUCCUGAGACUGAGAAGAAGGAUCCAACCACUUCGGUUCCUGACAAGCGGAUUGAGGCAGCUCUUCGCGCAGCUAAUGCAUGGGAUUUUGUCUCAUCUUUGCCUGAAGGUCUCGAUACACAGGCUGGCUCGAACGGCGCGCAAUUGUCGGGAGGUCAAAGGCAGCGAAUUGCCAUUGCCCGAGCCCUCAUUCGCAACCCCAAGGUUCUUCUGCUUGACGAGGCUACCAGUGCUCUUGAUACCGAGAGUGAGAAGAUUGUGCAGAGUGCUCUAGCGGAAGCGGCGAAGGAAGGCGACCGUAUCACAAUUGCUGUUGCUCAUCGGUUGAGUACAAUUAAAGAUGCUGAUAAGAUUUGCGUUUUCAUGGGUGGUAAGAUCAUGGAGGCUGGAACGCAUCAGGAGCUGCUUGCGCAAGGUGGAUUGUAUCGCAAAAUGUGUGAAGCGCAGGCUCUGGACAGUUAA